GUUGACUACGCCCCUUGCAUAUUAUUCCCUCUAUUUAGGGGUGCUGUAAUUAGAACAAAAGACAAUUAUUAUUCUUGUGCCAAGAAAUUAAAGCAUAUCUCUGGGUCCACCUGAUCCCACCUGAGUAGCAGUAUCAUCAUAACAGCCCUCUUUUGCAGCCGAUCAUCAUGCCAGGUAGAGGUAAAGCUAAGGCAAACAAAAGUGGGACCAAACGCCACUAUAAAGUGAAGCAGCAAAAGAAACGCUUCAUCAGAUCGAAAGACCCCAUCCUGUCGGUGUUCAUGUGGGGGAUUCAACACAGUAUAAAUGAGCUAACAACAAGUGUUGAACCGAGUCUUUUGCUUCCAGAAGACUUCAAAGCUUUCAGCAAAAUCAGAGUUGAGAAUCAGUACUACAACAAAGAAAACCUUCCUGGACACUUUAAGUUCAAAGAAUAUUGUCCUAGAGUUUUCCAUGACCUGAGAAAGCGUUUUGGAUAUGAUGAUGUGGAAUACAUGAAUUCUUUAAUUGCCCAGCCUCCCCUGCCAGCUGAUAGUCCAGGUAGGAGUGGGGCCAAGUUCUUCAUAACACAUGACAAAAAGUUGGUGAUCAAGUCAAUUACAACAGAAGAGGUAGCUCUCUUGCAUUUGAUUCUGCAAGCCUAUCAUGCUCAUCUGGUGACAACCGAAGGACAGACUCUCCUACCUCAAUACCUUGGAACGUACAGGUUAACGGUAAACAAUGCUGAGACAUACUGGAUUGUCAUGAGAAGCAUCUUCAGCAGCACAAUUAAAAUGCACAGAAAGUUUGAUCUGAAAGGAUCCACUGUUGAUAGGCAAGCAUCUACGAAGGAGAAGACAAAAACGAACCCCACACUAAAGGACCUAGACUUCACUGAGAUGGAAGAGAAUAUUAUGGUGGGUAAUUCUGCAAAGGAUCAGCUCAUGAAGGCUUUGGAAGCCGAUGUUCAGCUCUUGCAGAAAUUGAACUUGAUGGAUUACAGUCUACUGGUCUGCAUCCACGAUUGCACUAUACCUCCUGACUCCGAUGACGAGGACUUUAAUGACUGCGAGGAAGAUGGUUAUAUCUCCAGUGACGACAUUGGAGAGCCACCACAGUCUCCACACUCACCUGGAGUCGAAACCAGCACUGAUCCUGUGAGUCCUAUUAAUGAAUCAUUCCCUCGAACACUGGAGCCUGCUACAGAGGAGUUCUCGUCCCCACCAAUGUCCAGUGGAGAGGAGAACCAAGAUUCCUUACCCAUUGAGCCCACAGCACACUCCCCAGAGAUCACAACAAUCACCAAAUCUGAAGGUGCAGGAGCAGUUGCUGAGGCAGGAACGUUUCAUCCCAUAGUAGUGCAAGGAGAGAAAGCUGUUGAGGCUGCGUUAGUGGAAGGAAACCAGUUGGUUGUUGACAAAGACGUUGAUGUGUUUGCUGUUGCAAGUGAAAAGGGUACCAAGCCACUAGUGUAUUAUCUUGGUAUAAUUGAUGUGUUGACGAAUUAUGGAGCAAGAAAGAGGGCUGCUCAUGCCGCCAAAACUAUGAAACAUGGGGCUGGGGCAGAAAUUUCAACUGUUCGCCCUGAUCAAUAUGCACGUCGCUUCCUGGAGUUCCUUACCAAAGUUAUCAACUAAGUCCCCGGCUGUUUUUAGAAGCAACAACAUUUGUUUGUAUACUUUUGUGGUAAACACUUGUGUGAAAAUACUUACAUGUAUAUAUAUUACGGAGUAUCUCACACUGUACAAGUGUCUUGGUACAUGUUUUUCGCUCAAAAAGAGUUUUAGAGUGUUGUGGAA